AAAGUAGCAAUAAAUUGGCCCAGUGCAUUAAUGAUAUUGAAUAUAUAAUUCUAUGGUGUUUUCAAAAAAAACAAAAGACAUAGCAGAUCAGGCUUCCAAAGUUGUAAAGAAAUGGAAGAAAUUAGUUGCAGAAGAUGGCCGAGCAGGCUCUUCCAAUCCACCCAGCAAGCAUGAUGGGGACAAAAAAAGCAAGAAACGAUCUAGGAGUGACGAGGAAGAAACACGUCCUAGUGUCCGAGAUACCCCAGAUCUUCCUCUUCCAAAAUUCAACAAAAGUAAAGUAGUACCUCCUGUGGAUACGAUCAAAAAGAGCAGCGUGACGAGCAAUGCCAGCUUCUUUGAUCAACUCAGAGGCGACUCAGGCAUGUCAAAUCGAUCAGCAGCAGCAGCACACUCUGCCAAGACUUCUUCAUCAGCAAGUAGCAUGCCGUCAAACAAACCAACGCCAUCCUCAAUCACGCUCAAACUAAAAGGAGAGACUGCUACAAGCACAGCUACAAGCACAGCUACAAGCACAGCUACAACUAUAGAAAUUAGCACACCCCAAUCUACGACUCCGACCGUGUCAACCAUAGUUGUCCCUAUUAAACAGGAUUCGCCACCCCCAGCGCUCGAAAAUCCUGCAUCUCCUAUAGUAACCAAAUCAAGCUCGUCUUCGAUCUCAACGACACCGGAGGUGGCUAUUGAAUCAUCCUCACCUGAUUCUCCACCGAAGAAAAAUAAGGUCAGACGUGUCACAUGGAAAGCUGACUGGGAAUUAGUUUCAGUUCGACUUAUUGAGCCACGUGGAGAGAUCCAAGAGCACAGUGAAUCAGAAUAUGAUCAGGAGGAGUUUAAUAACGAUGAACAAGGGGGUGGUUUUGAGUAUGAGUCGGCCAUUGAAGGUAUCUCUUCCUCUUAUAGUUCAUCUCAUCAUUCCCAAUAUGGUCAUGAGCAGACUCGUCCACAGUUCGAGAUGCCUACACAAAUUGUGGAUGCGCUUAUCCGAGGCGAUCUUUGGCGAGCUCCUCCAAUGCUCAAACUUGAAAUUUUUGGGUAUCCAGAAAGAGGCUUUAAGAGUACAGAAAAGGUAGUGCAGGAGGCAAGGGAAGCGGAGACACUUUCUGCAAACUAUCUUCAACUUGCUUAUAUCCCUCCAUCACCAGCAGAGCCAGAUGAGGAUCCAGAGACCGUAAGGCAGACAGGAUCAGGGGUAGGGUUGGUGUCUGGAUUAGGGGUCAGCUCUCAAGCAUCUACAUCGUCAUUGACAUCAUCUUUGUUGACUGCAACUCCUGCUGCUGCUGCUCUGCUCAACAACAACACUGCCGCAGUCCUAGCAGCUCUAACAGCAACAGUUGCAGCAGCUGUAUCCAAGCCCAAUGCUACGGACACGGCAAGUCAUGGCUAUGGGUCAUUAUAUGGUACGGCAUUUAACGCCCAGCAACAGCAACAACAGCAACAACAGCAACAACAACAACAACAACAGGAACAUGCUGGUUAUAAUCAACUGUAUCACCAGCAGUAUCAACAGCCUCAACAAGCUCAGGUAAAUCCUCUUGGAGCUAUGUUCACUAAUGAGGCUGUUGAGCGUACUCAACAGCUCUUAGCAAUGCUUCAGCAAACCACACAGCAGCAGCAGCAGCAGACCCAAAUCCAGGCCCCUGUACAACAGCUAUCACAACAGCAAUUAGCUUAUCAACAGCAGCAAGCUUACUACGCUGCGUAUCAACAGCUGUAUCAACAGCAACAGCAACAGCAACAGCAACAGCAGCCAGCAUUUGAUUUCGCUGCGUUUAUGCAAAACUAUCAACCAAAGUGAUAAUGGUAGGCGCAACACGCCUCAUUGAAAUUUGAAGAGACUAUAGUCUACAUUUUUGCUUUCUUAUUUUCUCUCGUCCUCAUGUAUUUUACCUGAACUGUCCUUCUAGCAUUACGUUAUACAAUAAAAAAAUAAAAUAAAAUAAAAAUUACAUUACACAUGAGAAU